AUGGACUAUGACAGGUCCGCCUUCGCACGUCUUGCCCAUGUAAGUCCCUCCCUAGCGAGGAGCGCACUGCCGUGCGUUGCACCGAUCACCAUCGCCUCAAUUGCCAUGGAGGACCUCCGCCCCAAGAACAUGGCUUACUUCGACAUCGACGCGACAUCAGCGUCCAGGAUCAUCGCACAGUGGGCAGCGUGGCGCCGGCAGGCGUGCGAACAGAUGUUGCUCGACCUCGACCGCCGUGACGGGGACUCCGACUCGGAGAUCGUCGACCUCGCCAGCCUCCAAGCCGUCUCCACCAUGCUCGACACCUCCUUCCUCCGCGCUCGCGCUGCUACCGGCGACGACCACGGUAGCAGCGGGAGGCGCGCGCUCGCGCGGGAGGGGCCGCAGCAGAGCUCCCCGCUCGGCGCCGGCGCCGGCCGCAAGAAGUGGCUGGAGCGGCAGAAGCACGUGAGCAUGGCCGGCCAGGACGAGGGCGACGCCCAUGUUACGCAGAGAGACACGCGCAGCACGCCCAGGCUGUGCGGUUGGCAAGAGCCCACCGACGUCAUGAUGCGCGAGCUGCAGGACCUCUCGGAGCACCGGGCUGUCUCCGCCUUUGUUCACCGCGACUGCAUUGAGUCCUUUCUUCGAGGUAGAUUCUUCUUUUUUGGUGGAGGGCCUAUGGACGAUGAAGAAUCAGUUUCUAUGGCAACUGGAGAAUUAGGGCAGCUUAGACAGAGCCAUCCCGUCACCGAUGAUCAACAAACUAACCGUUCCGUUCCAUUGGAUGGUCAAAACAGUGCUGCCGAAAGUGAGCAUCACAGUAUUACAGAUCAUAUUUUGCGUGACGAUAAUCAUCACUUGGAGAAUGAUACUAGCAAUCAUGAGAUUCAUACGUUCCAACCAACGGAAGAUGAAUCUGUGAACGUACAAAACAGUAGCACUCUAAACAGUAAUGAUGCUUUGCAGGAUGAUAUUGAUCAUGAACAAAUGAACAGACAUGACGACGGCGAGUAUUCAGACUCAUGGUCCCUAGAACAAGGCAGUGAGCAAUCUGGUUUUUCCUCUUCUACCCUCCCUGACAACAUUGAAGCAGGAGCUUAUGGGCAACCAAAUGAAGGAGAAGGCGAUGCUUCCGACGGACCGCACAUUAUCGAUUCCGAAGAGGCUGCUCAACCACGACAGCCGCAGCCAGAUCAAAGUUUCUAUCGCCACACUUAUAAUAAUUGGUUCGGUCAUCCGGUACAUAGUUUCUAUGGAGUGGAGCUUCCAGAACUCUUAACCAGGGGUAGAGUCUCUAAUCUUCUUAUCAGCGGAUUCGGUCAAAGUCUGGACCAGCUCCUUAUACAAUCAUAUGCUCGAAGACAAGAGCUUGUUGAAAGGCAGAUGUUGAACACAGCUGCUUCAGUGAAUGAAGAUCAUGCCGAACAUUGGAUAAACGAACCGUACCAAGCCGAGCACGACUACACCACUGGCGAGCCGUCGUUUGUGUUCACAGGUGAAGGACGCAGGCGACGGCAGUGGUGA